AUGUCCGAGGAAAAUCCUCAAAAUCUUGCAAACGCUAACCUUGCUCAAGCAUUCGAGGAUUGGAUAAUUGAGUACAAGCGCGUUUACUCGAGUAAUGAAGAGAAAGAGAGACGUUCCGUCAACUUCAAAAAGACGUUUGAGUUUGUGGAGAAUUUCAAUAAAGGUCCAAAGCAGUCAUUUAUAGUAGGGCUCAACCAAUUUGCUAAUCGUAGCGACGAUGAAAAGUUUAAGCCAUGUCGCUUGCCAUAUGUUGAAAAAGAAGAAAUUAAGGAAGGAGAUGUUUAG